AUGAUUUGCUUACACAACGCCUGGCGUGGCGAUCGCAGGGUCUUAUUGGACGACUGGGAUCCUCCAACAAGAAAACCAUCAACAUACUUCGAAACGUCAAUGGCAUCCUCAAACCAUCAAGGAAAGAGCACAUUUAUGCGAGCCCUUGCUGGCAAGCUUGACAAAACCCUCAAGGUAUCUGGCAACAUCACAUAUUGUGGUCAUACACUUUCGCAGUUCUACCCAGAGAGGACCAGCGCAUAUGUUAGUCAAUACGAUCUCCACAAUGCGGAGAUGACUGUAAGAGAGACAUUGGAUUUCUCAAGGCGCUGCUUAGGCAUUGGUGCUAGAUAUGACAUGCUUGUAGAGCUCGCUAGGAGGGAGCGUGCUGCUGGCAUAAAGCCAGAUCCUGAGAUUGACGCUUACAUGAAAGCUACUGCGGUGCAAGGAAAACAAACUAAUAUUAUAACCGAUCUUACUCUCAAGGUGCUUGGGCUUGACAUAUGUGCUGAUACCAUGAUCGGUGAUGACAUGAUCAGAGGAAUUUCCGGUGGGCAAAAGAAGCGUGUCACGACUGGGGAAAUGUUAACCGGUCCCGCAAGGGCUUUGUUCAUGGAUGAGAUUUCCACUGGUUUGGAUAGUUCUAGCACAUUUCAGAUUGUAAAAUAUGUGAAGCAUUUGGUCCAUGUGAUGAAUGAGACUGUGAUGAUCUCCCUCCUACAACCACCGCCUGAGACAUACAACCUGUUUGAUGACAUAAUUCUGCUAUCAGAAGGUUACAUAGUGUACCAUGGGCCACGUGAGAACAUCUUGGAAUUCUUUGAAUCUUCUGGUUUCCGGUGCCCUGAGAGAAAAGGAAUUGCUGACUUUCUUCAAGAGGUCAUUUCCAAGAAAGACCAGCAACAAUACUGGUAUCUUGAAAACGAACAAUAUCGUUAUGUGUCAGUCCCAGAGUUUGCUGAACGUUUCAAGUCAUUCCAUGUAGGCGAGCAGAUGCUCAAGGAGGUGCAAAUCCCUUUUGAAAAAUCCAAAACCCAUCCUGCCGCGUUGACCACCAAGAAGUAUGGCCUAUCAAUGAAGGAGUCACUCAAGGCAGUGAUGUCAAGAGAGGUGUUGUUGAUGAAGCGCAACUCAUUCAUCUACAUCUUCAAGGUCACCCAGUUGAUCAUCCUCGGGCUCAUGGCCAUGACUGUGUUCCUCAGAACAAAGAUGCCCAGUGGGCAGAUUUCUGACGGUACCAAAUUCUUUGGAGCUCUCACUUUCAGUUUAAUCACCAUCUUAUUCAACGGGUUAGCUGAGCUACAACUGACCAUAAAGAUGCUUCCUACAUUCUACAAACAAAGGGAUUUCUUGUUCUUCCCUCCAUGGACCUUUGCACUGGCAAACCUACUCCUAAAAAUUCCUAUUUCACUUAUGGAGGCUGGGGUAUGGGUCGCCCUCACGUACUAUGUGAUGGGUUUUGCACCUGCUGCAGGAAGGUUCUUUCGUCAACUUCUAGCUUUCUUUGCUACUCACCAAAUGGCAAUGGCUUUGUUCCGAUUUCUUGCUGCUAUUUUUAAGUCAAUGGUUAUGGCCAACAAUUUUGGGAUGUUUGUAAUCCUUCUUAUUUUCAUAUUUGGAGGAUUUCUCAUCCCUAGAGGUGACAUCAGACCUUGGUGGAUUUGGGCUUAUUGGUCAUCUCCUAUGAUGUACAGUCAGAAUGCAAUAUCUGUCAAUGAAUUCCUUGCUAGUAGGUGGGCCAGUCCAAACAACGACAUUUCUAUUGAUGAACCAACAAUAGGAAAGGCUAUUCUUAAAUCAAAAGGCCUUUUUACUAGUGACUCGGGCUUUUGGCUUUCUAUAGGAGCUAUGAUAGGAUUCACUAUUUUGUUCAACAUCUUCUACAUUUUGGCCCUUACAUACUUGAGCCUUUCAGUAGGUACUAGUGAAGCCACAAAUAGGCCAACUCAUUCAGGAAUUGUGUUGCCUUUCCAGCCUCUUUCACUUUCUUUUAACCAUAUAAACUAUUAUGUGGACAUGCCUGCGGAAAUGAAGGAGCAAGGUUUCGCGGAAAGCCGUCUUCAGUUGCUCACUGAUAUUAGUGGUGCUUUCAGGCCAGGUGUUCUGACAGCAUUAGUUGGGAUGAGUGGAGCUGGGAAGACCACUCUAAUGGAUGUCCUGGCUGGAAGGAAAACCAGUGGAUCUAUUGAAGGAAGUAUCACCCUCUCUGGUUACCCUAAAAACCAAGAAACCUUUGCCCGCAUUAGUGGAUAUUGCGAACAAACUGACAUCCAUUCACCCAACGUUACUGUAUAUGAAUCCAUUCUCUACUCUGCUUGGCUGCGUCUUUCAUCAGAUGUUGACGACAAAACAAGACAGAUGUUUGUGGAGGAAGUCAUGACCCUUGUAGAGCUUGAUGUGCUGCGUAAUGCUAUGGUUGGUCUCCCUGGAGUGGACGGGUUAUCAACUGAACAAAGAAAGAGAUUGACAAUUGCAGUGGAGCUGGUAUCAAAUCCUUCAAUCAUAUUCAUGGAUGAGCCAACUUCAGGGCUUGAUGCUAGAGCAGCAGCAAUUGUAAUGCGGGCACUUCUACUUUUGAAAAGAGGAGGGCGGGUUAUUUAUGCUGGUGAACUUGGUCGCCACUCUCAUAAACUAGUUGAAUACUUUGAGGCAAUUCCAGGUGUAGCAAAGAUUACAAAAGGAUAUAAUCCUGCAACAUGGAUGCUUGAAGUUAGUUCCCCUCUAGCGGAGGCUCGCUUGGAAAUGAAUUUUGCUGAAAUAUAUGCUAAUUCUCCUCUUUAUAAGGAAAACCAAGAACUUAUUAAGGAAUUGAGUGUUCCACUGCCAGGCUAUGAGGAUCUCUCAUUUCCUACAAAGUAUUCUCAGAAUUUCUACAACCAAUUUGUUGCAAACUUCUGGAAGCAAUACAAAUCUUAUUGGAAGAAUCCACCCUACAAUGCCAUGCGCUAUCUUAUGACGGUGCUCAAUGGACUUGUAUUUGGCACAGUGUUUUGGCAAAAAGGAACAAAAUUAGAAUCACAACAAGAUUUGUUCAAUCUACUUGGAGCCACUUAUGCUGCUGUCUUCUUCCUUGGGGCUUCCAAUUGCAUCACAGUUCAACCCGUUGUGGCAAUAGAGCGAACAGUUUUCUACCGUGAAAAGGCAGCUGGGAUGUACUCUCCAUUAUCCUAUGCAUUAGCUCAGACAAGCGUGGAGAUCAUCUACAAUAUCCUGCAGGGGUGUCUAUACACAAUCCUCAUCUAUUCAAUGAUUGGAUAUGAGUGGAAAGUUGACAAGUUCUUCUAUUUCCUAUUUUUCAUAAUUGCAAGUUUCAACUACUUCACAUUGUUUGGCAUGAUGUUGGUGGCAUUGACCCCAUCUGCGAUGAUCGCAAACAUACUCAUAUCCUUUGUACUCCCUCUUUGGAACCUAUUUGCUGGAUUCCUCAUCGUCAGACCGGCCAUACCAAUUUGGUGGAGGUGGUACUACUGGGCCAACCCAGUGUCCUGGACCAUCUAUGGUGUCGUUGCAUCACAAUUUGGCGAGAACAACAAUUCUCUUUCGAUCCCCGGUGGGAGCCCUACAGUGGUGAAGCAAUUCUUGGAGGAUAUUUUGGGCAUCAAGCAUGAUUUCCUUGGCUAUGUAGUGCUAGCCCACUUCGCCUAUGCCAUUGGAUUCUACUUCAUCUUUGGCUACUCCAUUAAGGUUUUGAACUUCCAGAAACGUUAG